GUUAUCUUAUUUUCCAUCUAUAGCUGUGUAGCAGCGUCUCUGAACACACUGAAAACUGAUCGAAAUUUUGGCUGACAGCUUUUUUUCCACACCAUAUAACACAGACAAACAAAGAAGAAAGAAGAAAGAAGAAAGAAGAAAGAAAAGAAGAAAGAUAACAGAAAUGAGCGCAGCGGCGAGUAGUCUAGGACCGGGUUGCUUGACAGCCUCUGCAAAGGCAACAACCCAUUUUCACAACAGCCACAAUGCCAAAGCAGUUUCUCUUCCCGUCUCUGCAAACCGUAAUUCCAACCACACUUUCUUCUCCUUCAAUUCGAAAGUUUUAGCUUUUCCUCCUCCAUUAUCCAUUUCCACCAAGUCCUCCUCCUCCGUCAAGACAGCUGUCGCCGCCGUUGACUCCGACCAGAUUAGUUCCUCUGAUCCCUCCGACAACAACAAGCAACAGGAAGCCAAAAGGUAUUACUUUGUGGUUGCAAAUGCAAAAUUCAUGCUGGAUGAGGAAGAGCAUUUCAAGGAGCUCUUGUUUGAGCGCCUUCGUCUCUAUGGAGAGCGCAACAAAGAGCAGGAUUUCUGGCUUGUGAUUGAGCCCAAGUUCUUGGAUAACUUCCCUAACAUUACUAAGAGAUUGAAAAGACCUGCCGUUGCUCUUGUUUCCACCAAUGGCCCCUGGAUCACGUUCAUGAAGCUGAGAUUGGAUCGAGUAUUGUCUGAGAGUUAUGCAGCUGAGAGUAUCGAAGAAGCACUGGCUUCUAAUCCUACCAACAUUGAGUUUGAGAAGCCUGAAAAGUGGGUAGCACCCUACCCAAAGUAUGAAUAUGGUUGGUGGGAGGCCUUCCUGCCCCCUGGAUCCAAAGAGGAGGCAAAAGUAUAGGUCUAGUUUUUCUUGUUUAAAUUGUACAACUUUCCCAAGUUAGUUGUGGCAAAUGGUAAUGAUUUCUCAAGUUUGAGUAGCUUAGGAGGUUAGAUUCAGUAUUUUGGCAUAUGAGUAUGUGUAGAGAUUUAGUAUCAUUAAAUGGCAUUUUCUAUCUUCUGUUGA